AUGUCCCCCAUCGUGAUUGGCACUGGAAUCAGCAUUGAAGUCUACGUUAGUUCCGGUUACAAUGUGAGUAACAGCAUCAACGUCAGCAACGGUCUUGACGGGACGACCGCAAUCAACGGCAAGGAAAACUUUGCGAAUGAACCGUCCGGAGUGAUGAUUGCCAAGCCUAUCAAGACUCGCCGAUUUGGUCGAGCUUUGACUGGCUGUCUUGGCUCGCAGACUCAGGAGGAAAUCUUCCAGGCGAAGUCUUAUGAGGAGGGCUCUUAUGCCGGGGUGCGCUGGAAUUCUGGGGCUAUUACUAUGUACACAAAGAUGAAGUUCCCGUUGUCUCGUUGGGAAAAACAAGGAACCUUUGUCUAG